GUGUCUCCGCGGGCCCGGCUUGGCCUGGGCCGGCCCGCCGGCGCUGCGCGGGGUGCCUGUCAGGAGCGAGGGCCGGAGAAAAUAAUGGAAGGAAGAACUUCAUCUUCAAGUCAGUUUCGUAUACCAAAGAAGAAAACAAACUCCAGGUCAGAGGAUGUCCAGGUUCAGUCCCCUUUGGCGAGGCUCCCAGGCUCCCACCAUUGGGACUACCCUUUAAAAGAGUGGAAAUCAAGUGCCAACAACAGAGCGCCCUCCACAAAAGGAAAAAGGCAAAAGGACUGUGACAGACAAAGCUCGAAUGAUGAAGAAUCAGUCGGGCAACCCAAAGUUAUCUUGACGAAUGUCCUGAGGACGAAAAUAGGAAGAAAAUACGCACAGGCGCAACCUAAAACUGGUGCUAAUUUUUCUGAUGCUGGCAAGCUGCAGUCAGAUCACCCACCUUCAUCAUCUGCUGCCAGCCUAAAGAUAUGGCAAAUUUUAAACCCUACUCAAAGCCUUUUUCUGUCUGAAAGGCAACCCACAGUUAUCUUGACGAAUGUCCUGAGGACAAAAAUUGGAAGAAAAUAUGUAGACAGCCACGUAAUAAUUGAUUCAAAUUUAUCUGAUGCUGACAAAUUACAAUCCGGCCAACUAUCCUCAUCACCUGUUUCCAGUCCACAGACAUGUCAAAUACAAAGUUCUCCUCAUGCAAGUUCUUUUCUGUCUGAAAGGUCUGAGCAUUGCCUAAGAAAGACAGAUGAUGAUCGUAAGUUGACCAAGGCUUCUAAGGAACCAGAAAAAAAUAAUGUCUUCACUUUUAGAAGACGGGAGCUGCAGAAGAAAGAAAACAAGAACAAUGAUGAACUGGAAAAGAGGGGCAGAAACAUGAACAGCUCCACUCUUAGUCAGAAGGGAUCAAGCUCUUUUGAUUCCGAGAAGAGGAAAAGAAGAUCUAGUGGCCAUAUUUCUGAUGAUUGCUCUGCACACAUUCCAGAAAAAUCACUUAGACUGUCUAAAGAGCAAAGACUGAGCUUGACUCAGUCUCCUGGACACAGAACACCCUGUGAGGAUGGACAAAGUUGCAGAUCUAAUACAAUUGUGGUGACCAAUUGUACUACACAGCCAUCAGAGAGAGACUGUAAAGACACUUUAACACACAAUCACUUCAGGCCUGCUCACAGUUGCACAGAGGAACCUGGCUCAGAGUCUUCUGCCAGAAAUCUGUCAGAGAAACAGGUCUCUGCCACCAGUGAGGAUGUGAUUUCACCACGAGCUAGUACUAUCAGGAAAUUACAGAUGGACACCUCACAGUACCUGAGCAAGCUGCGGAACAGGCUCUGCAGGGGUAAUCGGCAACUUGUUUCGGUUGACCCAAUUGUCCUUUCCAGUGAUGAUGAAGAUGGACCUUCUGAAGGAAAAUCGUCAGAGCUGCUGCAGGAUAAUAUCCCUGGCAAUAAAGAAACAAACCAAGAAUCUGACUUCUGUUUCUUGGCAAAGCAAUUGGAGGACAAGAUGGAAAGUCACACAGAGCAGUUUUUAACAGAAUCUAUUGAAGAGAAAUGUCCUAUCAGCUUACCUUCCGGAAGCACACCUAGAAGACAAAUGAACCCAGCAUUGGAUAUUGAAUUUGGUAGUCUAUACAUUGGGAAAUUUAAAUGGUUAUCAACAGGUCCUGCUAGGUUUACAACCAAGCACAUUACGAUCCCAUUUCAGGUGGCUCUUAAUAAGAAUACUAAGCUGACAGUGGAUACUCUGGAUCUGAGAAGGUUUGGCUUGUGGAAAGGUGAUGGUGGCUGUUCUUCAACAAUGAUAAUUUUCCUUUGGUUUUCUGUGGAUUAUGUAGAAAAGAUUGAAGCCCAAUUAGGAAAAUCAGUUCUCAGCAAGCCAUCCAAAUCUGGUGAAUUUGUAUUUCUUGAAUUGUCCCAACCACUCACAGAAUGGGAAGAAGACACACUGACUAAACUGAUUACAGAUGUAAGCAAGAAGAACAGAGCACCAGAUCUGCCUGAGUUUUUGUCUUUGAAGCAAGCAUUAGCCUUGUUUAAGGACCUUUCUCCCGAAGAGAGCUCUUUUAUGAGUUACAACAAGGAUCUGCUAAAGCAAUGUAUGCCAAAAGAUACCUCAGAGGUUCAUGAGCCUGCAGUUCAGGAAUCAAAACUAAAAGUGGCCAGGCCCAGUUAUGCCCUAGCAAAUAAGCAGAAUAGUGGUUGCUACUCUAUCUCUCUGUCCUCUGCACUGAAUGAAGAAUGGAAAGAAGUAAGAGAGACUGGAGCAGUUAAGAAUUUAAUAGUUUAUCCACCCCCGCCUGCAAAAGGAGGACUAGGAGUCACAAGAGAAGACCUAGAGUGCUUGGAAUAUGGAGAGUUUCUCAAUGAUGUCAUCAUUGAUUUCUAUCUGAAAUACCUGUUGUUGGAGAAGGCUCCAAAACAUCUUGCUGACCGUACACACAUUUUUAGCAGUUUUUUCUAUAAGUGCCUCACUAGGACAGAAAAAAACUCUGAGGGGGAUCUCAAAGUUUCAGUGGCACAGAGAAGACACAGAAGAGUAAGAACAUGGACUCGUCACAUAAAUAUCUUCAAUAAAGAUUAUAUCUUUGUGCCUGUGAAUGAGGAGUCUCAUUGGUACAUUGCAGUUAUCUGUUUUCCUUGGUUAGAAGAAGCUGUGUAUGAGGAGUGUCCUCAUGAGAAUACAUUAUAUGACCAACGUCAACAGUCUCCACUUCGGUCAAAGAGUGAGAAUAUUAGAACGGGUUCAAUGUUGGCCUUGACUGGUAACUGCAAGGAUGAGGAAGAAAUGGAUGCUAACAGAAGUUUAUUCUCAAAAGGUGGCAUUGAAAUUGCUACUUCGGCUUCAGUCCUGGAUUCAGGUAUUUCUAAAAUGUCCUUAAGUAAUUCCAAAAGGCUGAUUUGUAAAAGGCCUUGCAUACUCAUCUUAGAUUCUUUGAAAGCUGGUUCCGUGCAGAAAACAGUUCAGGUGUUGAGAGAGUAUCUUGAAAUGGAAUGGGAAGCUAAACGAAAAACACAUCGAGAAUUUAGUAAAUCAACAAUGGUUGACCUGUGUCCCAGAGUGCCUAAACAAGAUAACAGCAGUGAUUGUGGGGUCUACUUGCUGCAAUAUGUGGAAAGCUUUUUACAGAAUCCCAUAGUUAACUUUGAACAGCCACUGCAUCUGGAGAAGUGGUUCCCUCGUCAGCUGAUCAGAAGCAAAAGAGAAGAAAUUCGAGACUUGAUUUUGCAACUGCACUUUCAACAGCACAGUGGCAGCAGCAGCUAAUAAAUCUAAUAAACCAGACCUGACAAAGAACAUUGCUGUAUAAAGUAACUGAAACUCUGCCUACUAACAGCACUUGGCUCUUUCUGCCUUGCAAGGAAGAAAAAAAAAAAGAACUACAAGAAGUAUUUUAUUUGUUCAAUGUGUAUUUAUUUAAAGAUUUUUUUUUUUUCAUUUGAGUUGUGUUGUCAUAGACUAAAGUUGUGAGGGGGGAAAGGAGAAGGUUGUAGAUAAAAAUGUAAAUAUGUAAGUUAAAGCUAAUACACAUGAAUUGCUAAUUGAUUCUAUAUUUGGAAUAUGAAAGCUGCGUACAUGUGCCACAAACAUGUAAAAAUAUUUUCAUCCUUUGGAGCCUGUUCUUUACAAUUCUGUGUGAACAUGGAUGAUCAUGUAGGAGUCAGACCUGAAGACAGGAUUUUUGACCCUAUGCUGUCUCUUUUGACUUUGCAGCUCAUACAGCUAGAAUGAAUACCAUGUAUUGUUUUAAUUUAAGGAACUGAUUGACUCUCUUUAGAGAUGUAUUUUUUGUUUGUGUCUGAUUAUAUGCAGAAAUAGUCUGCAUGCAUCAGAAAAUUCUGCUAAUAUUUGAGGCUGCUGAGUUCUGAUUUUUUUUUUAUUACUUUUUCCCUCGUGCGUAUUUUCGUCAUAAAAAUUGAUUUCCGUGACUGGAGGACAUUUCACAGACAGUGACCACUGAAAUCUUUUGAAGUUAAGGGUGGGUUUUUUAAAAGUAUUUUUUAUGAAUUUUUUGCUGACCAGAUUUUAGAAGAAAACUUGCUGUGAACAUGCUAAUACAUACUAAUACAAUGUACAUAGGAUGUAGCGUCUUAAUGGUAUUUGCCUUAUUUUGGGGAGUUAUAACUGCAAAUCUUGUGGCAUCAAUUGCAUUAGAAAGGCAAGCAGGUUGGGACUCAACAACCUCAAAAGUUUGAAGUGUUUUACUAAAAAAUAAUGCCAUUUUUGUUCAAGAAGGUAAUGAUGUUAUACGUAAUAUAUCUCUAAGAUAUGUAAUUUACAUAUAAGACAAACAGGAUUUAUACAUUGCUCAGUAGAACUGAGUAAAGAUGCCUGAAUAUCUGAGUGUUUGAACUCAGACUUGAUUUGAUGAACUAGCACAAGUUUAUUAUUGUCUUAAUAUGUAUUUAUUUAGUUUUUCUUCAAAUAGUGAUCACAUAAAACUUCAAUAACAUUUCGACAUGUAUACACAUUUUAAUGUAGUUACUAUGUGAUAGAAGGUUGACUGUUUUAAGAGGAUGCUUUCUCCUUUCUUCACUGUAAGUAAACUUAAGUAUCACUGCACCCUUCAGAAGGACCAUGUGUCAGAUAACCAUCAAAAGCACCUGUGUCAUAAGCAUAUCUACAAAACCAGAGCUCUUAAAGCUGGAAAUAGGCUACAGAGUUAAUAUAAACAUUGAGGGCAACCCAAAGAUGUGAACAUUUUUAUGGCAUUUCAGAAGUCUCAGGGCCCCCCUUCCCUCAAGACAACUCUGAAACCUAGCAUUUGCAAAAUCCAGUUAUUACUUCAGGUUCUGCACAGUCAUCCAAAAAAGUCCCCCACCAUUGUUUCUCAAACCAGGAAGCAUUUUUUCUGGAGAAGAUAGGCAAUUUUAAAAUAAAAUAAUUUGCUGAGCAGAGUGACCUUCUGUCUAGCUGUAAGCAGCCUAGUGCAGUUAUUGUGUGGUUUUUUGGUUUUGUUUCUACUUAAUUCUGUAGUUUGCCACUACUCCCCACACAUGUCUUUCCUUUGUGGCUUUCAUCACCUAAAUCACAACAUCAGCAUUACUUACAGGGAUAAUAUUUAUGGUAAGACAGAUGGAAGAUAAAAUGCCGAAGUGUGUGCCCUUUCUCUAUGCUUUUUUAAUUUAUGCAUAUUUUCAGUGUUUCCUUAUGACAACCAGUUUGGUUUUUUUGUGUUUGUUUUUUUUUUUAGAUUGACUGGUUUAUAGAUAUUUAAAAGCAAAAGUAAUGUAUAAACUUUUCUAAAUUGGUUUUAUAACAUUAAAUGAUUGCCUUGGUAGAUUUGUUAGAUAUGUGCUCUGAGAAUGCCAACACAUUUGAUAUUAAAAUUAUCUCCAGAA